AAAACAUCAGGACGCAGCCGCGGGACGCAAUGCAUGGUUGAGCUGCGUCAGCUGGGCCAAUUUCUUUUCAACACGUCUUUUAAACGGUAAAAUUAAAUAAGAAGUGAACCAAAUUACUCAGUAAUAAAAGUUACUUAUCGCAGGUUAUCAUCUGAGUGAUACCAAGGAAACUUACCAGGGAUUGUGUGAUUAGGAAAAACCAUGGCACCACGUCCAAAAGAAAAACAAACUAUCGCGGACCUGUCCACCGGUCCUCUAAACGAAUUCGAUGACAUCACCACUGAUAAAAUUCCCCAGGAAGCUUACCAACCGGAUGACAGGCCCGCCCAAAUAGUCUGGAGAAACGUUGCUGUAUUUGUUGCCCUGCACCUCAUUGCUUUGUAUGGACUAUACAACUGUUUCACUAGCGCUAAAUGGGCUACAGUCGGUUAUGGAUUUCUCAUGUACCAUCUGGGAGCUUUCGGCAUUACUGGCGGUGCUCAUAGAUUAUGGUCCCACAAGUCUUACAAAGCUAAAUGGCCGUUGAAACUGAUCUUGGUUGUAUGUCAAACCAUCGCUCACCAGAACUCCGUAAUCGAAUGGGCCAGAGAUCAUCGAGUUCACCACAAAUUCCAAGAAACAGACGCGGAUCCUCACAAUGCUAAAAGGGGCUUCUUUUUCUCUCAUAUGGGAUGGCUUUUGUGCAAGAAACACGAUGAGGUUAAAGUGAAGGGCAAGGGAGUAGAUAUGUCUGACCUUUAUGCUGAACCUUUGUUGAGAUUCCAACACAAAUACUUCAUGAUGCUAAUGCCCCUCAUAUGUUUCAUACUUCCCACCAUAAUCCCGAUGGUGCUCUGGGGAGAAACGUACUUAAAUGCCUUCUCGUUGAACAUCCUUAGGUACAUUUGCUCCCUACACGGAACUUGGUUGGUAAAUUCGGCGGCUCAUAUGUGGGGAUGGAGGCCUUAUGACAAAUAUAUCAGCUCAGUAGAAAACCGUUUCGUUUCCUUCUUCGCCAUCGGUGAAGGCUGGCACAACUUCCACCACACCUUCCCGUGGGACUACAAAGCGGCCGAGUUCGGCAAAAUCAACCUCACCCUUUCCAUCAUCAACUUCUUCGCGAAAAUCGGCUGGGCCUACGAACUGAAAACGGUAUCCAAAGAUAUGAUCGAGAAACGCGUUUUGAGAACCGGGGACGGUAGCCACGAGAUUUGGGGAUGGGGCGACAAGGACCAAACCGAAGAAAACUACCAGUCGGCCGUCAUUUAUAAUAAGAAAGAUGAUUAAUUAACCUUUUUUUUUCAUUUUAACAUAAUUGUGGUAGUAAAGUCGUGUAGUAGUUGCUGUUAUUGUAAUCACUUUACGCUUAGGCUCGUAAGUGCUGACUUUGGCCUCUCAGUAAAGUUUUCUCUGAAUUUCUAAAUUGGGAUUUCAGCAAAAGCAUUUAAAGUACAGGGUAAUUUUCUUGCAUUGAAUUGUCCUAACAAUUUAAUUUUUUUACUAACAAAAAAAUUUCUUUUUGACGUACUACCUCUUUCUUAAUUUAUAAUUAAAAUAAAUUUAACAAAGCACAUGUGAUCGGAAUAUUUUUACAACAUAUUCUUCUUACUUCGUAAGUAUAAAACUUUUUUUUUAUAUUGUUUUAUUUAUGCCCAUAUAACUUUACAAAAAGUCUAAAAGAUGUUACUAAUUAAGCACAAAAUUCUAUUUCAUUAAGGCAUAAUCUAUGUUGUUAAGCUAUAAAAUCAAAAAAUCUAUUUAACAGCCAAAGUUCUCGAGUUAAGGUAAAGUUCGCACCCACUAUAGUGUCUAAUAGUUUAUUAUAAAAUAAAUAUUCUGUCAGUUUAAUUAAAUAGCUAUGAUGUGUUUAUUAUUUAUUUCUUUUCAUACAGCUUGGGUAUAUUGGACUGACUUGUUUUAUGAGUAUCUCCUUAAUUUAUUAAAACUUUUUUAGUCGUAUACAACCGCUUAAAAUUAUUGUUACGUGAGUAGAUAACUUUAGCAAAGUUGUAACUUACUCAUAACCUUAAAGUAUUAGCUGAUGUAUUGUGAGCUGCUUAUCCUAAAUAAAUGUUGUGUGACAGCAUCAA